GAGCCCUUUCCCGACAUAAUCGAUCCUGCGGUUUGUCCCCACACGCGGUUUGACCCGCGCCGCCCGCCGUAGGCCGCUGCCCCCCGCGCAUGCGGAGUAGCGGUGGCGCAGCGGGAGCGCGGCCGGCGGCGCGGAAGGACCUUGGCGGGCUCUGAGGAAAUCCAGUCACCAUGUCGGCUGCACUGUUGCCCAAGCCCCAGAUGAGGGGCCUGUUGGCCAGGCGGAUGAAGUUUCACCUCCUGGGGGCAUUCGUGGUGUCUGUGGGAUGUGCAGCUUUGUACAAGUUUGGAGUUGCUGAACCCAGGAAACGAGCUUAUGCAGACUUCUAUAGAAACUAUGAUCCCAUGAAGGACUUUGAAGCCAUGAAGGCAGCUGGUGUGCUUGAGAGUGCUCCAGCCAAGUGAUGAUUCCCUUCAUUUCAAGAAGACUUGAUGACUGAACCUUAUUUGUUCACUGAAGUGUAAAGUGCGAUGCACCACAGUGCAUGGCACGCGCUAAUGCAACUCAAUAAAUAAAAUACAUAUGUCAGUGA